AUGGGAAAUAGCCAAACGCCGAGCCGAGCCGAAUUACAACGUCGGCGGCAGCAAUCAGCACGAGAUCGACGACAGCACGAGCACGAGCAGGAACAACUUCGACGCCAGCAACCGGCACGAGAUCGGGAGAGAAACCGAAGACAGCAGGCCCAAACAUUUUGUUGGUCAUCUCCACGUUUGAGGCAGGAGAUUGUCACUUCUGUGGCAGCGACACUAGAAGCGAUGCCGCCAGCCUUGCCGUGGAAAUCCGAUUCGGAUUCUGGUCCGGGUUUUGAUAGCGAAAAGUACUCCGAUGCGACGCUGUACCUCGGAGAAUCAAAUACCCCAUUCCCGGCACACCAGAUGGUCUUAGGCAUGUGCAGCCCCUACUUCGACGAUGCGCUCCAGAGCAAAUUUAAGGAAGGUAUCACAAAGGAAUUUUACUUUAAGAAGGACAGUCCGCAUGCUCUCUGGCGGGUGCUCCAGUACAUGUACACAGGAGAUUACGCUGAUGAAGAAUCUGAACCUCUUGGCUCCUGA